UCUUCAGGCCUCACCGAUCUCCUUAAAACUGGAUUCAGCAUGUUCAUGAAGGUGAGCCGGCCCCAUCCCAGUGACCAUCCCUUCCUGAUCCUCUUUGUGGUGGGCGGAGUCACCGUCUCAGAAGCCAAAAUGGUCAAAGACCUUGUGACGUCCCUGAAGCCUGGAACCCAGGUAAUUGUGCUGUCCACACGACUCCUGAGGCCACUUAACAUUCCUGAGCUGUUGUUUGCAACUGACCGACUGCAUCCAGACCUUGGCAUCUGAGCGUCUGCUAAGAAGAUGAGGACUCCCCAAACUGAAAUACCUAGACUCUGUCACCAUUCCAGAUACGCCUCCAAACCCAGCAUCCCUGGCACUAAUUCUGCCCAAAGGGUCCUGAUCACCACACAGGCAGGUACUCCACUUCCAUUGCUGCAGUUCUUUAAAAAAAAAAAAAAAAGAAAAGAAAACUGUUUUUUUCAUUUUCCUGAGGGUGUCGAGCUGUCUUUCACCUGCCCCAAUUAGUGAUGAUUUCCAUUUAUCCUUAACCCCUCUAUGUGUGAUCUUCUUAUUCUAAAUAAAAGCCUGUUGGCAGGUGUUGGUAGAUUAUAAGUCUUCUGAUUGGAAGUUGCUCCAGGAGUUAGACAUCCUUGGAAUUAUGAGAGUGAAAAAAGUUUGAUGUUCCUGAAGAUUAUAUAACUGAGGAGGGAGCAUUGCAAAUAGGGCUGAGGCUUUGUUUCUCUCUUCUUCUGCGACAUUUCUGAAAAGGCAGGGCAGGGAGGGGAACUGGCCAGAGCAGCCAGUGUCUGUGUUGCAUGUCCUGACAGGUGACGUGGAACUGCGUUCUCCCAGCAGGCCUGCCAGGCUGCUCAUAAUGGUGGUGGGACAGAGGUUGAUUGGAGAGCUAUUUUUUCCUAUAAAAAGUCCUUCCCUCCAAAGAAAGGCCCCAAUACAAGAAAUCUGGUCCCAGAGUUUAAAUUGUGAUGGCAACCCCUGUGGACAUCAUGAUUUUGAGUUUCUAUUGAAAUAGAAAGCUUUCUUCUCUGCAAGUUUAAAUUUUCCUUCUGACCAUAGCAGAAAAAAAUUAUGUAAGAACUGGAAGAAACAAAUGAACUGCUUAGAACCCACACAUUUAUAGGUGUAUGGUUGCUGGAAAUUUCUGGCGUCUCUAAAAGAUGUUUAUAAUAAAAGAUAAAACUGA